AUGGCAACAAUAUUUGCUCGACAGGAUACGUCAACUGAUGAUGGUUGGUCAAACUUCAAACUCUGGCAUUACACACCGUCUCUAGCCGCCGCAGCGAUCUUUACUGUCCUCUUCAUCAUCCUCAUGGUCUACCACAGCAUCUUACUAGUCCGGAGACGAACAUGGUUCUGUGUCCCGUUCGUUGUGGGCGGUCUCCUCGAAGUUAUCGGUUACAUUGCUCGAGCACUGGCGCACUCCGACACGAUCUCUGUCGGAAUCUACAGCAUACAAAGUCUAUGCCUCCUACUUGCACCUAUUCUCUUCGCCGCCUCAAUCUACAUGAUCCUGGGACGUAUCAUCAGAGUCGUUUACGGCGAGAACUACAGCUUCGUUCGAGUCAAUUGGUUGACUAAGAUCUUCGUUGGAGGUGAUGUCCUAUGCUUUAUGAUACAAGGUGCGGGCGGCGGUCUCUUGGCUACAGCAACGACGGCUUCCCAGAUCAACAUCUAUAACAACAUCAUUCUUGGUGGGCUCAUCCUGCAGAUCCUGAUCUUUCUGGUUUUUAUCGCAGCAGCUCUUGUCUUCCAAUUCAGAAUGCAGAAACGACCCACCUCCGCAGCACUGGAAGGACCAUUAGGCGAGCACAAUACUGGAAAGGGAAAUGUGUUCAAUCGCCUAACUUGGAAGAAAUUGAUGCUCGGCCUCUAUGUCACAAGCAUUCUUAUCACUAUUCGAAAUCUUUUCCGAGUUAUCGAGUAUGGCAUGGGAUGGGACAAUUACCUUCUUGCACAGGAGUGGCCAAUAUAUGUGCUCGAUGCGUUCCUUAUGGUUUUGGUUCUGAUUGUCUGCGUUAUGUGGUACAACCCUAAGAUCACAAAGAACCCAUCUUCUAGACAUGAGAUGCAAUACAUGAAUAGUGAGCGACUCACAAGCCAAGCCGAAGCUCACGGUCAAAUCAAUCCCAGCAGCGGCCCGCGACCCUGGUCAUAG